AUGACUAUGGUUGACGAUUUAAGAAAAUAUUUAAACCAUUUACUUGAAAAAGUAAACGGACUUCAUUGUAUAUUAAUUACUGAUCGAGAUGGAGUUCCUGUAGUGAGGUCAGUUACAGAAAAGGCUCCACAACUAGCUUUAAGACCUAAUUUUAUAUCAACAUUUGGAAUGGCUACAGAUCAAGCAAGUAAACUUGGACUUGGAAGGAAUAAGACAAUUAUAUCCAUGUAUUCAAGUUACCAGGUUAUACAAAUGAAUAAACUCCCUUUAGUGAUUACUUUUAUUGGUAGUGAUAAUUGUAACACUGGUCACAUUUUAUCUUUGGAAAGCCUUAUAGAACCUUUCCUUAAAGAUUUGGAAACAAUUGUGGCCGAAGCUCCA